GAUGAAACAAGGAUGAAACCUUAUUUAUAAUCACAACGCCGAGUGUUUUGCUGUCAGUCAGUUAAGAGCGAGUAUUCGAUGCAUUACGACAGAUAAGAUACUGAUAAAAACGAAUUUUCCCUUAUAAGUGUUUACUACCGGCAGGUAGGAAAAAAAAUAGAAAUGAAUUACACACUAUUACUGUGUGUAAUAUGUAUGAUACUGUGUGUGUCUUUUGCCCAAGAUUCUCCAUCUCAAGAUGGUUACAUAUUCACAAGCCCAAGAACAUUAGUUAUAGAAUCAGAUAAUGAACUUCAUUUGCGGCGUUUUGGAAAAUUGGACGCUGGUGUUCUGAAAGUUCAAGUGACUUACUCAGAUUAUUCUUCACAAAAUGAUACACUUGCAGCUGAAAAAGAAUUUGAAAUUCCUGCAGGUGAAACAGAUUCUUUUUUAAAAUUACAACUGAGCAAAUUCGAAAAUUAUGUUUACAAUGGAAGGUUGAUUAUUGAAGGAACUUUCGGCGAAUACAAAAUUUCUGGAAAUGAUUCAGUAUAUUUUUCAACACCUAAAACUGAGAUUACAGUUAUUCAAACUGAUAAGCCCCUCUACAAACCUGGACAAACAGUUAAAUUCCGAGUGUUGUUGCUACAAAAGGAUUUAAAACCCUUUGGAAAUGAAAAGAAUAAUAUCGAAAUUCACGUAGAAGACCCAAAAGCUACCAGGUUAUUUCAGUUUAAGGAUAUUAACCUUGGAAGUGGACUUGUACAAAAUGAAUUUCCUUUAUCUGAUGAACCUGUGAAAGGAACAUGGAAAAUAUAUGCCAAAAGAAAUAAUCAGAUUAUAGAAAGUACAUCAUUUGAAGUAAAAGAAUACGUUCUUCCUAAAUUUGAUGUUAGUAUUAAAUUCCCAUCUUUUGUUCUUGUUGAUGCUGAAACAAUUCCUAUAGAAAUAUGUGCAAAGUAUACCUAUGGCAAGCCAGUUACUGGAACAUUAAACUUGAAUUGUUCAUUAGAAAAGUAUUCUUAUUCCAGAGAAAAACUGCCGGUCUUGCAGGAAACGUUCAAGCUUGACGGAUGCUACAAUUACACUCUAAAUGUCUCGAGGAUACAAUAUGGCAAUAGUUUUAGAUAUAAAAGAAUUAUGGUUGCUGCAAAUGUCGUCGAGGAUGGAACAGGCGUAGAUCGAAAUGAGACUCAAUAUCUUCAACGACAACAAUCGCCGUUGAGCAUUUCGUUUAGCAACGCCCAGAGACAAUUCUAUAAACCCGGUUUGCCGUACAAUGGAGAAAUUAAAGUGAAUCAACCGGAUGACACACCGGCAGCAAAUGUACCGAUUGAGCUGUGUGCAACCAUCACGAAAGAAAGAGUUUUAGCUGAAUGGUGGGCAACGAAGAAACUGAAGUAUUGUAAGAAUUACACAUCUGAUAAAGACGGUAUCAUACAAUAUACAGUACUUGCACAAAAUAUGGAUGUUGUAUCGAUAUUCUUAGAGGCCAAAUCAGUAACAUUUCCUUCAAAUGGGCCACAUAACACCCUUAAUGUUCCAAGUGCUGCUAUCUACUUAGAUCCUUAUUACUCGCCUUCUGAAAGCUUCAUCCAGUUACAGCCAGUACAGCAACCAGUUUCAUGCGAUAGUAAGCUGAAACUAAAGCUUCUUUUUACAUCUAAAGAAAGUGACAAUUUCAAGUUUUACUACCAAAUUACAAAACAAUCCGAUGUCGUUUCAACUAAUAUACUAGAAACAGAUUUUUCUGUUGAAAAUGAUGUAUCAAGCAGGUAUGAAAGUGAUGAAAAGAUUUUAAAAGGAGAAGAAACUCAAUUGCUACCCAUAUUGCAAUCUAGCUCAUCAAAUGCUGAAUCUGAUUGUCCUGCAUCCAAAGAAACAAAAUAUUUACCACCUGUUGGAGAAGUUGAUUUCGAAAUUGAUGUUGAUGCUGCUUUGUCACCUGUUUUCUAUGUUCUUGUGUACUACGUUCGAGGCGACAGGGAGACGGUAGCUGAUUCACAAAGAAUAGAAGUACAAAAAUGCUUCAAAAAUAAGGUAAAAUUUGCAUUUGGUGACGAAGUGCAACAACCAGGUAUGAAAACUUCAGUGCAAAUAACUGCAUCGCCCAAUUCAUUGUGCGGAAUUAAAACAAUCGACAAAAGCAUAUCACUUUUGAGCAACAAUGAUCAACUCACGAAAGAAGGUAUUUUCCAAAGAUUAGAUAACAUGGAUAGCAAUCAUUAUUACACCAAUAAUCCUUGUCAUCAGAAAGUACCUCAACCAGGUCUCUAUUCUGGCAGAGCAAGUUCAAGCAUUCUAAUACCACCUGGAAGUGGGGGAACAAAUUCUUAUGAUGACUCUCUUUCGGCAUUUCAGAGUUCUGGUUUUCUUGUGAUUAGUGAUUUGAUUCUGUUCACUCGUCCUUGCAUGAAGGGAGAAGGCUAUGGAUCAGGCGGCUAUGGAGAUGGAGGUAUGGUUAACACCGUAUUCCAAGCAGAAGCCCUCUCAUUUGACUCUGAAUAUGUACUGUCUACAGCUGCUGGUCCUGCCGCCAUGGGCCUUUCAGCGGCCAGGAGACCUGCUGCCGCACCUUUUGCUGCUGAAGCUAAAAUAGGACUUUCUGCCACAAAAUCAGUGUCAGAAGUAAGAACAUUCUUCCCAGAAACCUGGCUGUUUGAAAUGGAAAUGACUGGACCUGAUGGCACAUACAUAUCCAAGGAAAAGUUACCAGAUACCAUCACACAGUGGAUUGGAAGUGCGGUCUGUAUUAGUUCGGAAGAUGGUUUAGGAAUUUCCAAUACAACAUCCAUCGAUGCAUUCCAAGCCUUCUUCAUAGAUUACACUCUGCCUGCUUCUGUUAUUAGAGGGGAAGAAUUCGUCCUGGUCGUUUCCAUCUUCAGUUACGCAGAUGGAGCAUUGCCAUUAACUGUGAAAUUGGAUGAUCCACAAGGAUUUGAAUUGACCAGUGAGUCUAUCAAUGGGGAUAUCUGUCUUCAACCUGAUACCAGUGAAAGUUUGAGAGUUAAACUGAAGGCAACAACCGUGGGAAAAAUUAACAUCACCGUAAAGGCUGAAACUGCGCCAUCUAGUGGUGUCUGUGGAAGCUCCACUGUAUCAGAAAAUAUUGCCAAAGACGCCAUCACAAAGCCGCUAACAGUUGAGGCUGAAGGUUUUCCUGCUGAAAGGAUUUAUAGCUCUCUGUUUUGCCCAUCAGAUUCUGAAAAUGGUACUUAUGAAAAUAGCAUUUCUUUGAGUUUGCCAGAAGAUAUUGUGCCAGAUUCUUCCAGAGCAUAUGUUGACUUCACUGGAAAUGUUCUGGGCAAAGCUAUGGAUAAUUUAGAUCGACUUGUUGCAUUACCCACUGGUUGUGGUGAGCAGAACAUGGUGAAAUUCACUCCUAAUUACUUAGUUUUAGAUUUCCUGAAAGACGUCGGAAUGUUAAGUGAAGAAAUUGAAAGGAGAGCUAAGAAAAACCUUAUGAAAGGCUAUCAACGUGAGCUCACGUAUCGACAUGGCGAUGGCUCCUUUAGCGCAUUUGGCGAUAGAGAUAGAGAAGGAAGCAUGUUCUUGACCGCCUUUGUUCUACGCUCAUUCUCUGAAGCUAAGAGAUACAUAUCGAUUGAUGACUUCGUAUUGAAACACAUGCAGGAAUGGAUUGUGUCUAAACAGCAAGAAAAUGGAUGCUUCCCUGAUAUAGGAAAAAUAAUUGACAUGGGUCUUCAGGGAGGAAUUGAAAAAGACAAAGCUUCAGGUAGCAUUACAGCCUACGUAUUAUCGUCUCUCCUUAUAUCUAAGUUCGACAACGAAUCAACCAUUAAUUCUGCAUUUACCUGUUUGGAAAACAAACCACCCACCAGUCCAUAUGGUGCAUUUUUGUAUGCGUACGCUGAAGCUCUAGCUGGUAAAAAUGAACAAGCAAAAACACGAAUCGAAGAAGUGAAAAAAAGUAGUGAAAUAAAGGAUGGCAUGGAAUUCUUCAGAGUCGUAAAUGGAAGUGAAUCAGUUCAGAUUGAGACUGAUGCAUAUGCUGUGCUAACUACACUCAAAAUAGGAGGUGGUGCUUCGGACGUUCUGCCUUACGUCCGUUAUUUAACUGCUCAUAUGAAUCCAAAUGGUGGUUUCAAAUCGACUCAAGAUACAUGUGUCGGCUUAGAGGCUCUUUCAGAGUUUGCCAAACUGGUUUACAAAGAUCCAUUGAAUCUAGAAGUUGGUUCAACUGGUGGCUUUGAAAAAUCUGUAGAAAUAAAUGAUGACAAUAAACUUUUGGUUCAACGGUUUAAGGUUUCUGAUGUACCAAGCGAUCUUAAAAUUCAAGCUAAAGGAACUGGAUGUGGUCUUAUACAGACAUCCCUCCGUUAUAAUACAAAAACAGCUCCCGAAAAAAGGAAAUUCUUUUUGGACGUGAAUGGAGAUUGUGUGGAUACGGAUUGCAAAAAAGCUACAAUUGGAGUUGUUGUCAGCUAUUUGCCAGUUGGACAGAAAGCAGGAAUGAGCCUAAUGGAAAUCAAACUGAUUACAGGAACAGUAGCGGUAAAAGAAAGCCUAGAACAGUUGGUAGAGAACAAAGGCAACGAUAUCCUGCGAUACGAUAUUGAAAAUAACAAAGUUGUUCUGUAUUUCAAUCAGCUAACAAAUGAGGGAGAAGUUUUCUCUUUCCAAGUUGAAAAAAUUGUUGAAGUAGAAAAUAGCCAACCUGGUACUGCCAAAGUGUACGACUAUUACGCAAACGAAAACUCAGCGAGUACAAGUUAUGGGAUAAAGGGCUUGAGUUCUGAUACUCUAUUAGAAGAAAAAGAAGCAUGAGCAUCAUAUAAAUAAGAAAAGAAAUAAUUAAAGAAGGCCUUUGCUUAAAUGUAGUUUCGCUGCUAAAAGGUGACGUUGGUGAAUGAAACAGUAUUUAUAUUGACACGCACACAAAACUUUUAACAGUUGUUUUUUUAUCCAUUCCCACUAUAUGCGCAGAAGUCAUGUGUAGAAAGUGAUUCAAAUAAAUGUAAAUAAAACGUUCCAUUUUGUUGUUA